CUCAACCUCGCACCCUCGCCGGCGCGUCCGACGUCCCAACCCGAGGCCCCGAGCACGCCCACCCCCCCCCCCCCCCCCCGCUCCCCCCUCCGCCACUCAUCCUCGCCGGCACCCCGAGCUCGCCCCUGCCGCCACUCAACCUAGCGGCCUCGCCGUCCCCCGUCCGCCGUGCUCCCCACUCAUAGGUCGCCCGCCCGCCCGCCCGUAUCUAAUCCACCACGGCACCACGCCUCCGGACUCUACUUCCAGCUUCCUGGUCUCCCGACGCCGACAUCAGCUACCUGAACAGAUUCGGCAUCAACCGACAGCCGAGCCGAAUUUCCGGCUGUCCUGCGAAUGGGUGGUGGGAGCUGCGAGGUGUGCAAGGAGGCGCCGUCCAAGUACAAGUGCCCCACUUGCCGGACGCCCUAUUGCUCUGUGAUCUGCUUUAAAAAACACAAAGAUGAAUUCUGCCAAAAGAUAAUGCCUCAGGAAGAAACUAACAAGACGUUGCUGCAGGAGAAAGUUUCGAGGAGCUCUGUGUUGCUGGAAGAAGGGAGAGAUCAUCCUAACAACAAGGAUCAGCUUCCUGCUUUACCUAAAAUACAACACCCUGAUGAGUAUCAGCUUCCCUCUUUACCAGUGGACACAACGUGGCCAGCACAAUCGCCAAACACAGUGUGCCCUACAAAAGCUCUUGAAAUUGAGGAUCCAAGCUGGCUUGUUGACAGGACUAGAUUAAGGUCCUUAGUUGAAUUAAACGAAGUCAGAGAUGCUCUCAGGGACUCUGAACUGCAGAAAAUGAUACUUCAAAUUGAAGGCUCUUCAGAACCAGAAAAGGAAUUGGAGAAAUUGAUGGAAGGACAAACCUUUCAACAGUUCGCCAAUAAGAUUCUUGACAUUAUUAGUCUACAACAAUGAGCAAGUAUCCAUCUGCUGAAGCCCUCCUGCCGAAGAGAGUGGAGACAUCCGGGCAAAAUGAGACCAGAGCAGCUAUUUGGAAAAAGUUAAAAUCAUCCUAUAAGAUAUUUUUCACUUUACCAUGAUAGUCAUGUCAAUCAACGAAAAGGAUGUGUACUACUUGUCUAUCUGAUGUCUCCUUUCUGCUUAUUAGUAACUGUGAACGGAAGUGGUGCUGAAUAGAGAUGAAAACUAGAGAUGGAUGAAGUAAACCUUUUCCACAGAUCUAA